GGCAUCCCCACGGAGCUUCGCAAUGCGGUGAAGGUGAUCGUGCCGUUCUACUCGGAGGUUGCAUCGAGCGAACGUGCUGCUGCGUUCUGGCGGUCGUUCGAGAAGUGCACCGAGAGCAUGGAUGACGCUCUGCGGUUGACAGCAUUCGAGCAGUGCAUGAAGGGCAAGGUUGGUCAAAAGUGGUGGUACAACUCCAGGAUCGAGAACUUCAUGACGCUCAAGAUCCGCUUCCACAACCGGUUCUUCAGCCGUACCCCGGCUCAAAUGUGGAGCCAGCUACGCACGGCGAGGCGGAACUACGGCGAGUCGGUCGAGGAGUGGGGCGACCGCGUCAACAGGAUGUGCGAGGCGCUCCGCUACAACGAGCCGCGCAUGCGGUACGAGUUCUUCGUAGAGGGCCUUCGCAACAAGCAGUUGCGUGCCAUGCUGAACGCGAGCGUGGUCUCGACGAUCGAGGAGGCCGGUGCGCUACUCUUGUUCAAGGGACUGCAUCGACCAGUGGAGGAAGAGGACGAGUUCGCCGAGGGCGGGAAGACUGAAACGGGUGGUGGUGGUUCGGAGCGUCAACUCCAUAUUCGCAUGGCGCCUGGCACGCGCACCCAGGAAGGCGAGACGGUCUGCGGUCGCUGCGAGCGACGGAACCGCAGUCGCUUGACGUGCUCCCGAGGUAAGGGGACGUGCAACCGCUGUGACGAGUUCGGUCACUUCUCCGUGGAAUGCUACUUGCCCAGA